GGAAUAUUAUGCUAGGGCUUAUACCAGCCAUUAUUUCUGAUUACUGGGGAGCUUUUGAGGCGCAAAAUGGCCGUGAUGAUUGGAAUCGCUUUCAGAGUUUCUUGGCUUUGUUGCCUGCUAAUUGGCGGGAUAACCUGUUCUACAUCAAGUGAUGGGUAUCCUGCACCAGGUUCUGAUGCAGCAUGGCUCUAUACAGGCCCACUUAGGUCUAAAGGAUAUGGUAAUUACAACUCUCCAACAGCUCAAUUGCAAGCGCAGCUGACCGAAGAGCAACAGAAACAUCUGGGAGCCAUCCUGCAAAAGCAACUGGCCCCCAUGCCCCAGGCACCUCAGAAAAUGUGGUAUCCAACUCAAAUGCCCCAGCAGGAAAAGCAACCGGCCGCCAUGACCCAACAGCAGACGCUAUCGGCCUUUUAUCCUAAGCAGCUUCAAUCAAUGUUGUAUCCAGCUCAAAUGCCCCAGAAGCAACCAGUUACUGAACUUCAGCUUCAGAAGGAACAGGCCUCCAUACCCCAGCUACCUCAGCAAGUGUGGUAUCCAGUUCAAAUUCCUCAGCAGCAAAAGCAACCAGCUACUGGUCCUCAGCAGCAGACGGAACUGACCACCAUGUCCCAGAAGCAACCGGCUCCAAUGCCUAUACCGCAGAAACAACCAACAGCUAUGCCCCAGAAAGCAUGGUAUCCAGCUCAAAUGCAGCAGAAGCAACCGGCCACCAUGCACCAGCAAGUGUGGCAUCCAGCUCAAUUGCCCCAGCAGCAAAAGCAACUGGCUACUGAACCUCAGCAGCAGAAGGAACCGGCCUCCAUAACCCAGCAACCUCAGCAAGUGUUGCAUCCAGCUCAAAUGCUGCUGAAGCAACUGACUGCCAUGCCCCAGCAAGUGUGGUAUCCAGCUAAGCCCCAGAAGCAACUGGCCGCUGAUCCUCAGGAGCAGAUUGAACUGACCGCCAUGCCCCAGCAACCAUGGUAUCCAGCUCAAAAGCCCCAGCUGCAGAAGCAACCGGCUACUGAACCUCAGCAGCAGAAGGAACCGGCCUCCAUAACCCAGCAACCUCAGCAAGUGUUGCAUCCAGCUCAAAUGCUGCUGAAGCAACUGACUGCCAUUCCCCAGCAAGUGUGGCAUCCAGCUCAAAUGCCCCAGAAGCAACAAACCGCUGAACCUCAGUGGCAUCCAGCCAAAUUUCCCCAGGAGCAACCAGUCCCUAUGCGUCACCUGCAGAAGGAACUGACCGCCAUUCCACCACUGAGGCAAUCCGCUCAAAUUCCCCAGCAGCAUAAGCAACCGGCUGCCAAGCAUCAGCAAUUGUGGCAACUGGCCCCCAUUCCCCAGCAGCCUCAUGACGUGUGGUAUCCAGCUAAAAUGGUCCAGAAGCAACAAGCAGCUGCAACUCGGCGGCAGAAGGAACUGACCACCAUGCCUCAAGAGUGGCAUCCAGCUCAAUUUCCCCAGCAGCAGAAGCAACCAGCCCUAAUGCUUUUACCGCAGAAGGAACUGACCGCCAUACACCAGCAACCUCAGCAAGUGUGGUAUCCAGCUCAAAUGCCCCAGAACCAACCAACCACUGAACCCCAGCAGCAGAAGCAACCGGCUGCUGAACCUCAGCAGCAGAAGGAACCGGCCACCAUGCCCCAGCAACCAUGGUAUCCAGCUCAAAAGCCCCAGCUGCAGAAGCAACCGGCCGCUGAACCUCAGCAGCAAAUUGAACCGACCGCCAUUCCUCAGCAAGUGUGGCAUCCAGCUGAAUUUCCCCAGCAGCAGGAGCAACCGACCGCCGUACCCCAGCAAGUGAGGUAUCCAGCUCAAAUGCCCCAGCAGCGGAAGCAACACACUGCCAUGCCACAGCACCAACUGACCCCCAUGCCUCAGCAAUUAUGGCAUGUAGCUCAAAUGCCCCAGAAGCAACUGGCCCCAAUGUCUCAGCAGAAGCACUACGAAAGCACUGAAGAUGGUGCCUCUAGUAGCACUCAGGCCAGCAUCGUUGGACAGUCGGGUGUCAUCCCAAUCUAUUCCUACAGUUCCAAAUCGCACUACGAGAAUGGCAGAACUGUCUUCUCCCAAACCCGCUACACUCCUAGGGAGGCUAUCCCUGUUGACAGUGGAAGUGCGCCCAAGGACAGUUUUGUUGGUACUGGUGCACCAAGUGUAUAUCCAUCACUAGUGAAGGAUUCUGCAAGCUAAUGGUUCACUUUAACCUGCUCUGAUCUUUGCUCUCUGAAUUUGAAGUCCUUUGUACUAACCAUAUUUAACAGGAAAAUGUAAUGGAUUCAUCCUCUAGAAGCUAAUGGUGAGAAUUGUUUUUGACAUUGGUUACUUAACAUUCUGUGUUGCUGACACUGCAUUUCUUUCUGCUUUUGUUUUGACCAAGAAGUUGCUGGUGCUCUUGCUACGCUAGAGAGGGAGUACAUUAACCAUUUUACUUUCAAAAAUGCCUUGUCUCUUUGAAAUAAUGGUUCUCGUGUCCAUUGCUUUCUAAUUGAGAACAGGUGGUGUUCAGUCUGUAGUAAAAAUGACUGUUCAGUUAAUUCUUUGGUUUUCUAAUCUUUUACCUUUGCUACUGAUUGUUCAAAAUAAAAGCUUGGGUCUACAUAAGAGCAUUUGUC